AUGAAGCUGCUCUUGGUGACCGUGGCAUUCUUUGGCGCCGAGAGCUCUGGGUCGCCGAUGCCCUUCUUCCGUGGCUCGCCCCGGCUCGGCUUGCCGCAGGGCGACGCGAGCCGCCACGGCCAGCAGCGUAGCAGCCCAGAGAUCGACCGUGCAGCGUCUUCAAGCGAGGAACUGGAGGAAGAAGCAGGCGCCUUGCGAGCACCAGGUGACACUGAAGAGAACCAGGACAAGCAUGAUGAGGGAGACCGGUGGGCACCAGCAGAUUGGGAUGCAUAUGCCUAUGCUGAAGCGCAGGAGUGGGGCGCGAUGAGGGGAGAGGAUGAGGAGCCUCCUCAACCAAUGGAUGCAAGGGCCUUCAUUGGUUGGGGUCGCCGUUGGGGCUACAGGCCCUACGUCCGCCCCUACUACCGGCCCUACCGGCGCUACCGGCCUUACUACCACUCCUACUGGCCAUAUUACCGGUGA